CAAUCCUAGCAGAGAUCUCUGAUCCAAAAUGAAGCUAUUGCUCCCAUCACUUCUACUGAUGAUCCUCCCGAUCCUGGUGUCCGGCUACCGUUAUUCUCCCAGCUACUACUACAACUACAACAACGAGAUACCCUACCAGGAGGAGGAGUCGUUCCAGGAGAGCGAGGACUCGCCCUCGGAGGACAGCAGCAACUGCGAGGGGGGCGAUGAUCCCAUACUCCCCGAGCCCCCCUAUCUCCUUACCACCCUCCCGCCGCCAGUGCCCACUUGUAGGCCAGCGGGGGGGUGUGGAUCGGAGAUGCAGGGAGAUGGGAGCAGGGAGGGAUAUGGCAGUGGCACGAGAGGAGGAGGAGGAGGAGUGGGAGGAGGAGCCUGCGGAGGAGGACCUGGUCUUGGCGGCUAUGGCGGUUCGGAUGCCUGCAACGACCUGGCCGAUAAGCUGAAUCCCCGAAUGAAGGCCACCUCCAUAGCCCAGAACGCCGCCCAGGUGGCCAAGGCCGCCAACGAGGCCCAAAUGGCCGCCGCCCAGGACGCCUCCCGUCAGGUGAAGAUGCAACUGGCCGAGAAGGCGAUGGCCGCCGCCCGUGCCGCCGAAGCCAUCAUGGAGGGGAAACAGGCCAUGGUGGACAAUUAUGCUCGGGAGUUGCGGGAAGCGGAGGCGGUGGUGGCCCAAGUGGGCGUGUCCCUGGAGUGCAGCGAGUCGAGUGCCGAGGGCGCCUUUGCGGCGGCCAAGGAGGCGGAGAACGAGGCGACCACUUUUAAGGCGCUCCUGGACAGCUGGAAGACCACCCUGAACGAUGUGGAGGGACUGCUGGAGCAGGCCAAUGCCGAUCUGGAGGAGAAGAAUCAGAUGCUGACGGCGGCGAGGGCGCGGGGGGAGCAUCUCACCCAGCAGGUGGCCAUUGCCCGGCAGGAUUACGAGCAGGUGAAGGAGGCAGCCUAUAGAGCUGCCUCUGCAGCGGUGGAGGCACGCCAGAAGGCCUCCAUGUCCACCUGCCAGCAGCAGCAGUUUCCACCGCCCAAGCCAUGCGGCGGUCUGGGGGCGGGCAGUGGCGGGGGGGUUCCAGGAUUCCAGGAUUCCGAGGAUUCCAUGAUUCCACGGGAUAUGCCAGAUGAGGCACCACGUCCAGCGGGUGGUGCUCCCUGCCCUUCCAGAUAUGGAGGAGCGGGAGGGGAGAUACUCUCCUCCAUUUAUGAGGCGCCACCAACGGGGGGCGCUAGCUGCCACGCCCUCUUGGACCUGUACCGGCAGCGGCGGCGGCAGCAGAUGCGGAUGCGACGCCAGCAGCUGCGGAAGAAGCAGAAAAGGGCCAGGAAGCUCAAAGGACGGAACCACAGGGAGUACGGCGAUAAUCUGAUCAACCGGAGAUCCAUCUACGACUUUGUGGAUGGCUACUGAGUGGGGGGGGCUUUCAUCUUGAUUAUUUUUAUAUUUUUUAAGUUCGAUUUAAGGGGGGUGGCUAUUAAAAUAAAGGGGAGUUUACUAAAAA